GUAGUGAAUAUUAUCAUGUGCGGUGAUAACGUGGCGGCGAGUGUGCGCCGGCCGCUGCUCAGUCAGCGACGCGGGGUCGCGUGGUGCGGUCGCAUGUAUCUUACUUUCCGACGACGAAGUGACGUGCGGAACCGCUCUGUGUGUUCGCGUUCGCGUACGCGCCGCAUUCCAUCGUGGGGGCCCUUCGCCGCUAUUGGCCGAUCCCGCGUGACGUCACUCCUCGUAAUGAGGUAUUCAACAUGGCCGUGUAGCUAGUUCGCGAGUGUGCUUCGUUAUUCGUUUGAAUGGAUUUAAUCAGUGAAAUAUGCCAAGGAGACGAAACGGUGAGAUACCCUUGCCCGACGGAUGGGAUUACGCAAGGGACUUUGACGGAAAACUGUAUUUCAUCGACCACAACAGUAGAAAAACGACGUGGAUUGACCCGCGAGACAGAUUCACGAAGCCACAGUCGUUCGCGGACUGCAUCGGCAAUGAGUUGCCAUUGGGCUGGGAAGAGGCCUACGAUCCACAGAUCGGGCCUUAUUACAUCAACCAUGUCAAUCAGGUGACGCAACUGGAGGACCCUCGACUAGAAUGGCUCAGCAUCCAGGAGGCUAUGCUGAGGGACUACCUCCACACCGCGCAGGAGGCUCUCGAGGCAAAGAAGGAAAUGUACGAUGUGAAGAAGCAGCGGUUAUGCUUAGCUCAAGACGAGUACAAGCAUCUGAACAAUGCGCUUUCCACACUGGCAGCUUCCAGAACCAGUUUAUGCUCAUCAACGACCUCCAUGACUACAACCUCCACUACGUCUCGUCACGACCCAGACUUGCUUCGCUCGGAAGUAAGUCAAGCCCGGGGUCGCGUCGCUCAGCUACGCAAGGAGCUUCGUCAGGCCAGAGCUGAGGUCGCCAGUGCGAGACGCGGUGUUGACACUCUGACUGAAGUGGAACAGAAGCUUACCACCCAACAAGGUUGUUAUAACAUUACCGAAGCUCAAGCUAUUAUGACCGAACUGAAGAACAUUCAAAAGUCUCUCAUCUCUGGUGAGAAAGAGAAGGCAGAUCUCAUGCAAUCUCUAGCAAAACUCAAAGACGACCUUACAAGGUUGCAAUUGGGUGAUGCAUCCCCUGACUUAUCCACAUUAAGUAUUCCUCAAGAAAAACUAAGCACUGCCUCACAAACUGACUUAUGCGCUGACUUGGUACCCAUUGGUACUAGGUUGGCAGAAAUGGCGCGGGUUCGCCUACAAUACGAUGAAGCUAGAAAGCGGAUACAACAGAUCCAGCAACAACUAGCUGAUUUAGAAGACAAAGUCCAACCUGGCCAAGCGGAGUCCGACAAAGACCGCUUGUUACUUUUCCAAGAGAAGGAACAAUUAUUAAGAGAACUCAGGAGUAUAACUCCAAGGACGAGGUCCAAACAAGAAAUGAGUGAUAUUCAAUCCGAAUGUAAGAGAUUAGAGCAGGACUUGAAGAAUGCUUUCGAGAUGUCCAAUAAAUGUAUAGCAGAUAGACUAAGACUACACGAAGAGAAGCAGUUAUUAUUACAACAGUUGAAAGAUGCAUUAACGUCGAUGACAACUUUAGAAGGACAGUUGAAGACUUUGUCAGCGAGUACACUGUCUGUAUCAAGUAGUUCGAGUUUGGGGUCUCUUUCUACGGCGAGUAGUAAAGGUUCUCUAAGUUCUGGGAUCAGCUUUACCGAUAUUUAUGGUGGACCACAGAUAGCCAGCUCGUUCCAAGCUGAUAAACCUAUUGAUAUGGUUGAUCUGCACAGAAGAGUUGAAAGGUUACUACGUGGUACGAGUUUCAACGCGGACAGUGCAACUCCCGGUGCCAGCAGUUCGCCAUCUCAACCGUCGUUGUCUCCGAGGAGUAGUCUGUCUUCAGCCAGUCCUCCGCCGCCACCACCUUCUUAUAAUCAGGUGGAGCGACAGAGACGGCAGCAAAGAGAACUAGAAGAGAAGUUAGCUGAAAUGAGAAUAGGCGUUGCUACGGGACUAAACGAAGUCACCGGGCUUGCAACGAUACCAGUCCAACUCCAAGGGCCCGGUCGGCCGUGCGAGCCCCUCUCGCCGAUCUCGGAGACCCCCCCACCUCCCCUCUCGCCGCGCACUCCGUCCUCUAGUGGCAGCAACACUAGAUCCGUGUCGGCGGCAGUCAGCGACGAGUCAGUGGCUGGAGACUCCGGUGUCUUCGAGGCUGCACAGGCGGCGGAUGCCUCUGCAGUGAAUAGUGCGCAAGUUGAGAUUAAAUUGCGGUACUGCUCCCAGGAGAGCGAGUUGGAGAUCGGUAUACUGCGCGCGCGCAACUUGCACGCGCUCUUCAUCGAUAUUGGUACUGAAGUCUCAGUCCGCGGCGCGCUGGUGAUCGGCGGCGGCUGCGGCGUGGCGUGGAGCGUUAGCGGCGCCGUAUGGCGUGGCGCGGGCGUGGCGUGGCGCAACGCCGCACGAGUUCCCGUCGCCGGCCUUCGCGCCCUGAGGGCAGCCACCCUGCAGGUCAACCUCGCUACCGGCGCCGAGUGUCUCGGUUGCGCGCAAGUGAGUUUGGCGGACUUCGAUCCUGAUGCAGUGUCUCAGAAGUGGUACAACGUGUUAAGUUUCCGAUGUAUGAGACGCGACGAGAGCUCCGACGAGUCCACGGUCAUAUCAUCGCAAACUUCGACUCUAACGCGAAAUCGCGGUCCGGAAAGUAUGUUGAGUGCAGAAUGCAACCUGGAAGGUGGAGAAAAUUCAGCAUCAGAGGACGAGGAGUCCAGAGAACCACUUAAUCAGAUUGUGGAAGAGGACUCCUUUGAAGACUACAUUCCCGAAGAGGAUAUAGUCCUAGAAGAAGAAUACCUUCAUCCCCCCACAGCCGAAAAAGAGACCAACACUGAAUGCAACUUCUGUCCAGAGGGAGCGAGACAACUGCAUAGAAGGAAAAGUCAACAGGUCAACGCAAACCCUGAAGAGCCGUUGGCCACUAUAAAACGAUCUCAAACCUUCUCACCGCAACCUCAGAGCAUCGGCAAGGGGCAGUAUAUUUGUAGAUUGAAUCGUUCUGAAUCUGAUUCGUCAAUGGCGCAGUACGCAAGAAGAGUAACGCUCCAACCGCCACCUCCCACCGGCAUUCCGUUUGACAGGAGCGUUCGCGAGCGCAGAUCGCUGAGAUGGGGCAGGGUGUCGGGGGGCGCGGUCCGUCGCAGCGCUACUACCCGUGCGCGGGCGUCGCGCACGUCGCUGGACCUGACGCUGGACCUGCGCGCGCAGCACUCGCGUCUCGAGGACCUGCGCAACGAGAUCGCCCAUCUGUCGCAGCUCAAGAAGAGACUGGAAGAGGCAUGCACUCGCGGCGACCCGGCCGUUGCGGCGUGGGUGGCAGAAGACGACGCGCUGCGGCGUCUCAUCCAGCCGCCACACGACGCCGGCGGCGACCGCGCGGCGCGCCUGCUCAGCCGCACCUGUCGGGAGAUCUACAGGCUGCGCAAGAGCCGCCAGGGAGGCAGGAAACCUGACCUUGUCACUUUUAAAGAAAAGAUGGCGUUUUUCACACGCAGCAAAUCCACCAUUCCAUUGCAAGGAGAAGAAGGUGACGAGGCGCUAUCGGAAGAUGACUGGGAAGAAAUCCUAGAGGAGCGUAGAACACCCGAUGGUAGAUCUUCGAAAACUUCAUACGAAUUACGUAGAAAUAAUGACAUCAGAGAAGAAGACAGUAGACGAAACGACAUCAGCGAUGACAUAAAAAAUGACAUCAAAGUCGAGGAUAGAAAAAAUGACAUCAACAUUGACGUCAGUAAAAGUGACUUGACAAUAGAUGGAGAAAUAGAAACAGAGAAACAACAAAACGUAUCUUGUUCCUCUGUAGAAGUUAUUGAAUGCAAGAACCCUUGCAUGAAUGCUACUGAGCCAUGUUACGAGAAUUUACCAGUAACGGAGAAGAAGGACGAAAAGACUGAAGAGGUGAGGUAUGACUUUGUCGUUGAUCGAGUGUUGGGUGUACAGGUUUGAAUGUUUUUGGCCUAUACGUCUUAUGAGCUGGAAAAGGAUGGAGCUAUUGGAACGAAAGAGAUACUGGAAGUUAGGAUUUUAAACAUUAAAACAUAAUUUUCAAUUCCAAUGGCUCUUAUCUCUUAUAACGUGGUCAAUGUAUGAACGGUUAACGCUAUUGUAUGUUAAAGGCACCACAAAUCUAAAAG